AUGGGCUUCUUCAAAAUUAAUAUUGAUGCAGUAGCUUUUGAAGAUGGGAGGAACUCGUGCAUCGGAGUAGUCAUUCGAGACAACAUUGGUGAAGUUAUUGCAGCUUCAAGAAAGGUUCUGCCUGUGUCAUUCUCGACUGAGAUUUCAGAAGCUUUGGCCAUGCAAGAUGGCGUGCUUCUCGCAGCGGAAAUGGAAGUCUCCCAUGCUAUUUUUGAGUCAAAUGCCUUAUCCAUCAUUCAAGCAAUUAACGAAGGGAUCCAUGGUGGUGAGCUCGGGCACAUAAUCAGGAACAUUAGGGAAGUGGCUGCUUUGUUUACUUGGUGCUCUUUUAAACAUCUGAAAAGGGAAGGCAACAAAGUUGCCCAUGAGCUUGCAAGGGUAGCUAGGAAUUCUGGUGCUUCACAGGUUUGGAAGGUCUUUCCCAAGUCUUGUUGA